CCUUUUGUACCUCCAAAUCACUUCUGAAAAAAAAAAAAAUCCUAUUUGCGUCCUGAUAUUCUGAUGCUUGUAUGAUUAAGCUUAUGCUCCCUCCAAACUCUCAAGAGCAACACAGGGAGCAGCUCCCAAUAAAAUCUCUCCCAACUUUUAUUCUCUUUGUGUGUCCUCUUCAAUUUUCAAACCCACUUAAGAGUUUUAAAUGCAGAUCACUCCCUGAACUGAAAGAUUGAAACUUGAGCCAGUUGGUUGCAAAGAAUCUUAACAAAAUCGCUACUUUAAUUGUUCUCAAUUGCAUCCCAGUUGAAUUCGUUGAAUGAUUCAUUGACGGCCUUGUAAAGAUGUCCAGCUUGCAAGUCACCAAGCGAACCAAGUACAAAACAUCCGUCAAAGACCCCGGCUCUCCCGGUGCUCUUAGAAUGAAUGAACAGAAAUUGUUGUUCGUGCCUGAUAAUCGUAACUCUGGUACUAAGGUGGUUGUGGAGUUCAAGUCAAUUCAAGGGCAUAAAUAUACUAAGGAGGGAUCAAACAAGCCGCCAUUGAUUAAUUUAUCCAAUGUUCAGGGGGGAAGCUACAUUUUUGAGUUUGAUAGUUAUGCUGAUCUCCAUGUUUGCCGAGAUUUUGUGAGCAAAGUCCUUGAGAAGUCCAGAGAGACUUCAGGCACUGCUUCUGAAAAGGCUGCUGUUACAUUAGCGGAUGAACAACUUAGCACAGCAGAAAUGCAGCUUCGAAUUAAGCUCUUGCAAGAGGAUAGUGAGUUGCAGAAACUUCAUCAGCAAUUUGUUGGUGGUAAUAUCUUGACAGAAGCUGAAUUUUGGGCAACAAGGAAGAAGUUGCUGGAUACAGACUCCUGCAGGAAGUCAAAACAGCGGGUUGGUUUUAAAAGUGUCAUGAUUUCAGACAUAAGACCAUUAACUGAUGGUCAGACAAACAAAGUUACAUUUAGUUUGACACCAGAGAUCAUUCUACAGAUUUUUGCGGAGAAACCAGCUGUUCAUCAGGCGUAUUUGAAUUUUGUUCCCAAAAAGAUGACAGAAAUGGAAUUCUGGACCAAAUAUUGUAGAGCAGAAUACCUCAACCAUACGAAAAAUGUUCAUGCUGUGGCAGCAGAGGCCGCUGAAGAUGAGGAGCUUGCUGUUUUUCUUAAGGAAGAUGAUAUAUUGGCAAGAGAAGUUCGUAAGAAGAUUAGACGGGUUGAUCCAACCCUAGACAUGGAAGCUGAUGAAGGGGAUGAUUACACCCAUCUGCCUGAUCAUGGGAUUUUACGUGAUGGUAGCAAGGAAUUAAAUAAAUCUCAGAACGAAUUUUAUAGGAGGACUCUGCUGCAAGACCUUAAUCGGCAUGCUGCUAUCGUUCUUGAAGGAAGAACUGUAGAUGUUGAAAGGGAGGACAACACAAAUGCUGUAGCAGAGGCACUAGCGCAUUCAAAACAGGGGAUGGAAGAAGCUGAUGGAAAUGAAAACAAGAAUAGAGCCGAUAGAAUCUCCCGGGUGACACCAAUUGAGGACCUCCAACCAGCAGAUAGUCUUCCUUUAGCCCCACUAAGCAUUAAGGAUGCUCGAGAAUACUUUGAUUCUCAGCAGGUUAAUGCACUAAAAACCUCCAGAGAUGCAUCAGCAAGGAUGGAAUCACGGAGCUGCAACACCCAGGAAGCAUAUGCUUCUAUGAGGAAUGCUAUUUCUGAGAUUAAAGAAAAUGGAUUAAGUGAUCCAAUAGUUAGUUCUGACGUUGCUAUCAAGGUUUUUAAUGGGUUGACUCAAAAUAUCUCUAGCAUCAAAUAUCAUCUUGGGAAAAAUCCUCGGGAGAGUGUUCUAGAUAGAUUGCCAAAUACAACUAGAGAGAAACUUCUAUUUCAUUGGACAACGAUUCAAGAAUUACUGAGGCAUUUUUGGUCUUCAUAUCCUAUCACCACUCCAUAUAUUUUUACUAAGGUAACCAGACUGAAGGAUGCCAUGUCUAAUAUUUAUCCACAGCUAGAGGAAUUGAAGGAAUCUUUGCAGUCAGAUCUCCGGCACCAGGUUUCCCUCCUUGUUCGUCCAAUGCAACAGGCUUUAGAUGCUGCAAUUCAACAUCAUGAUGUCGACAUGCAAAAGAGAUCUGUAAAGAGUGGAGAGAAACCAAAUGGAUAUACCUAAAAGAAGAAUUUGGUAUCCAUCAUCAAUUUGCAACCACAAUACUGUGAAAUUGUUCGCUGCUUCCACCCAAUUUUGUUGUGAGCUUACACUAGAUUAACGGCAUGUUUCAAUCCCAUGUAAAAAUACACUUGUGAAUUCAUCAGCUGGUGGCCAUGUUUAUACAAUUCAUUGUUCUGAAAAUUCACUGCUAAAUACCAUAGUUUUCUGAAGUUUUGCCAA